UCCACCUCCAUCAAAGAAACCUUAUACGGAGUCAACACCUGUGUCAUUUUUGGUCGAAAAUGCCACAAAUUUGUUAGACACUUACGUAGAUUUGGACGCUGGCCCUUCUACCAAUACUUUACAUGACAUUAAUUCUAUGUCAACUGUAACAAACACCGAUCAAAGUGAUUGUGGAUUGAAUUCUUCCUUUUUAAAUUACUGCUCCAUUGAAACUGCAGUUGAAUUCAAUUUGCAAGAAGUCUUGAACGCAGACGUUUUAGGAAGAGCCAUAUUAAGUAAAUAUAAUUCAAAAUUUACCCUUGAUGGAAAAGAGAGGAACGUUCUCUGCGAGAUUAUUAUAUCUCACUUUUUAAAUAAAUCGUUUAAAUUGAAUAACGAAUCGUUAUCCAUUAUUGCAAAUAAAAUUGUUGCUCUUUUUCCGGCUUGUGAAAAGAGAGCCACUUAUUUUGUCAGCCCUAUUCCUAAAAAAAGAUCUGGUCGCAAUAAACCAGAAGUUGCAAAAGGCAAGCUUGUCGACAAGCAUAGAAAUAAAUUGACAGCACUCAGAAGAGCGCUCCAAUUUGACGUAAGUGUGGGAGAAAACAUUUCCGAUGAAAAUGAAGAACCCAACCAAAAUGCAAGAGACAGUCGACUGUGGUUACUAAACAACAAUGAACCUGUAGAAGAAGUACUCCAGCAUUGGCGCAAUUCCUAUUCAAUUCGGAAAAUUACAGUAAACAAGAACAAAACAAUUGAACAGUUCUACAAGGAGUGGCCCAUUCUUGAAACUCAAUUGGCGAUUGAACUGGUUACUUAUGACUUCAACAAAUUAUUUGAAAAGGAAGGUGCUACAGAUGAUACUUUCAAUUUCUUUUUCGAGAAGCUACUGGACAUUCGAAGAAAAAAUUUAUCUGCAGCAGACGAAAGCAUUCUUCAAUUAGUGGAAGGAGAUAUAACUACUGAUUCAAAGCGGGCAGUUCAGUUAUAUCUGCUACCAUCGUUAGUUCCACCAAGAGGUCGCAUAAAGGCGAAGGGGAAGCAAUGGAAGCCAUCCAUUACAGAGUGUAGAGAUGGAUUGUUUGUGCAUGUUAAAUUGCCUGGUGAUAUCGACAAGGCUAAACGCGAUAAGGUAGAUUUCAUGUACAAUAGGGGACAAACUGUACAACCCUAUGUUAUUUUAGUUGGCCCCAGUUUAAAUAAUGUGACUGGCUUCUAUGUUGUUAUAAACGACAAUUUAUAUAAAUGCAUUUCUGUAUUUGAUGCAUUAGACUUUUGUUUUAAAUCUCAUCAUAUAUUUGAUGCCAAGUAUUCUUUUGAAAGUCAUCAUAUUUGGUACCUAAUUCAGUGGCAGGUCUAUAAUUUGAAAACUAAAUCUGACUUGAAGAUUCCAUUUGUUCAAGAUUGCGUUUACAAUCAUUAGGUUGCCGUUUUAAAAUAAGCGUAGCUAUUGAUUUAAGCAUAUUUCUUUCCGACACCAUGGACACCUCUUUCAGUUGCUUCAGUUGUGGAAAAUUGUUAAACUCUAUUGAAAUGCUGCUUAAACACAUCAAAAUUAUACAUCCUUUUCUUGUAAAGUACAAAUGCAACCAAUCAGAUUGUUUUAGAUCAUUUCAUAAUUUAUCGACUUUACGAAAACAUUAUGUCUCUGAACACAAAGGGGCCAGCAAAUGUUCAAAACCAAUAUCUACUAGUAAUACAGGGCUAUCACAACAUGAUGAUUAUCAUGAUGACAAUUUCAAUAAUGGCAUCAGUACCAUCAUAGAUGGCGAAGACGAAGUGCAAACACCCAAAAAAUUGAACAUAAAGGAUGAAAUAGUUGCUUUCAUAUCAAAUUUGUAUAGUUUACCGUCUAUACCCAGAAAUCAAGUUCAAUUAAUAAUAAACAGGUUUGAUGAGUUGAUGUCAUCCGUGUGUAAUUACAUUUCAGAUAUUUUGUUGUUUGAAUUCCGAAUGUGAUAGUAUUAUAAACGUAUUGCACACGCUUUCAGAUGUGCAGACUAUGUUAGCCGAAUUUAAAUCUGAAUAUCGUUGUUUUAAGUAUUUUGAAGAAUGUGACAGCUUCAUACGGCCAGAAGUGUUUUCUGUUGGAGAACAUCCUGUAUUAAACAACAAAAGUACAACGCAACACCCAGUUCUGGCAUUGAAAAAAAUCGAAAUACAGAAAAUUCCUUUAAGGAGAGUUUUACAAAAAUUUUUGGAAUUACCAAAUGUUUAUAAUAUCCUACAACAAUAUUUACAAGAAGAAGAUUCAAAACCUUCAUCGGUUUUGUCUAAUGUCUUUCAAGGUUCUCUUUGGCAGAGUAUGAAGACGAAAUUUGGCAAUAGAACGGUUUUUCCUCUCUAUAUGUUUUUCGACGACUUUGAAUCAUGCAAUCCUUUUGGAAGUAAAGCUGGUAUACACAAAAUCGGGGCGGUAUACGUUUCGUUGGCUUGUAUACCACCAGAAUAUUCUUCCAUACUUGAAAACGUAUUUCUAGCUCAAUUGUUUUAUUCUAAGGAUAGAACGACAGUCGGAAAUGGAAAAAUUUUUUCUAAAUUAUUAGAAGAAUUCAAAUACUUAGAGGAAUAUGGAAUUGAAGUACAUAUUAGCUCAAAACGAUAUCGUAUUUAUUUUGUUCUUCUUUUAGUUUUGGGAGACAAUCUAGGUUUAAACUCAAUUUUAGGAUUCAAUGAAAGUUUUAAUGCGAAUUAUUUUUGUAGAAUAUGUAAAACUUCCAAAGAACUUUCUAAAAUUCAGAGUAUUGAAGAUUUUAACACUCUGCGCACAAUUAAUAAUUACGACGAGGAUUCUAGGAAUUUAAGUUUUGGAAUUAAACAGAUAUGUAUUUUUAAUGAUCUACGAUUCUUCCAUGUGGUUGAGAAUAUCUCCGUGGAUUUAAUGCAUGAUUUGCUAGAAGGAGUGUUAAGAUAUGAUAUGGCCCAUAUAUUAAAUAACUUAAUAUCUAAAAAAUUUGUCUCUCUUCCACUAGUAAAUAGUCGGAUUAAGUUUUUUAAAUUUUCGGAAGCAGAUAUUGGCAAUCCCAUACCUAUAAUAAAAAUUGAACACCUUCAAAAAAAUUACUUAACGUUAAG